GGUAUUUCCCCUGCGGUGAAAGUGCUGGAGCCACCCCUCCACCUACAUCACAUCCCGCUGGGCCGUACCCGUGCUCUGCACACUGCUGCAUAUAGUGUCUUCAUCUCACACGGUGCGUGAGUGACCGUCCGCAGUGGCUGCUGGGUAAUGCCAAGAUGACAACGGCAACUGCUAGCAGGCGCGGCAUCUCAACACUCGCGGCCCUGGUGUUUCUGCUAGCUUCUGUUUCGGCGGUUACGCAGGAUAACAGAGACAAGGAAAAGUGCAAACGACAGAUCUUCAGAGAACAGGUGCUGCCACACAGCGGAGGCAAGAUACCAGACGAUGCCUUCAGGGCCGACCGGCUCGCACUCAACAGGCUCAACAAGGACGGCAUAUCCAUCCCUGACGGCAUAUUGCUAGAUGCCAGGGCCCACGAGAAACACCCUUCUCUUCGUCACAACUCGGACCUCGAUAUGUCCGUUAUUAAGCUGGUACUGACGCCUGACGGACGGUACGUCCCACCGGAAGGGCGCUACCACUACCAGAAUCCCGUUACGAUCGACUCCACUUACGUCAUUCGGCCCCCCAUUGGCACCUACAAACACGAGCUUCGCCAAAGGCCGGCGCCACCCCGGCAACCGAUACCUGUUCCUCUUGAGCUGCCGGCCAAGCCUGAGGCAGGCAGCAACCUGCCACUGUACCUGGAGGACACAGACAGCUACUUCUUUCAGAGCCACCAUGGACUGUUCUCGGAUCACUUCUACCCGUUCUACACAGCACAGACGCUAACUGCAGACCUGAACGCUUUCAUUGAACAUUUCCACGACCACGGGAGGCUUGUCAGGCACUCCCCCACACAUAUAUAUCACUCUGGGGACUCAAAGAUCCCUGGAAUUGAAGGAAAAGACUACCCAAGCUACAGCCAUAUUCCAGAGACUGGAUUCACCUGCAAUGAAUAUCGUCAGAAGGACAAAAUGUAUGCAGACAGAAGGGCGAGAUGUCAGGUGUUCCAUUUCUGCCAGAAGGAUGGUAGGCGGGACUCGUUCCUCUGUCCGAAGGGAACAGUGUUCAACCAGGCGCUGAGCCACUGUGACUGGUGGUACAACGUCAAGUGUGGAUGAGUAGCAACGCUUCCUUCACCUGGAAUGGAGACAGGCGACAGCAGCAGCAGCUGUGAAAAUGGAGGCGUCUCGUAGUUAAGCAAUAGAAAGUGUGAAUGCAAAGCAUCUUUACAAAUUUCAGAGUAUGUACAUGAGUGGUGUCUGAGAGUUUGCCUCAAGCGGCAGAGGAUGGCCCACGCAGGUGACAGCGACACGGGACAGCACGGUACAUCAUAGUUUCUUAUAACUGUAAUAUACACGUACCCACUAGGACCCAGUGCCUCGUGUAUUUGUUAACGUGUAUGUCAUUCCUGAACUUUUUCAUUUGUACCUACCGAACACUCUUUUCGAUCAUCAUUGUUGUUUAGGAAGAAGGGAGCUUAUGGGAAAUAACACGGUACAUAGUCCCAACGGCAAAAUAUUUAAGAAUAAAAAUAUCUAAUUAAUCAGUUCCCCCUACAAUGGAUUGAUGGCGGCGGAUAAAUUGGCCUCAUAGUUUCUUGUACCUGGUAAUGAUGGGUUUCUUGUCAAAGGAGAUUUGCCAAAUAAGCGUGUUCCAAUCACCAGUUUCAUCAAGUGUGAAGGAACAAACGAUUACCAUUACUGUAACAAUUACAGACGUUCUCAGUGAUAUGUAACGUUACAUAUGUAAUGUCUGCCCUCUUAGACGUGGCAGCCAAAUAUAAAAGUGUGAAUUAUUGAAAUGUUGUGCCUCUGGCUGUAUCUUACCGCUACAUGUAGUUUAUUACGCGUUAAGAUACUGCAUUUAUAUGUGUUAUAAAUAUUAUGAAUCGCCUUUGUUCUCAUACUGUAUAUCACUGGAUAUAUAUGGUGGUCUUCUGCAACAAAGGCUGAAUUAGAGUCUGAUUUUGCUGGUGAAUUUGUGCUUCAUGGAACAUGAUGGUACACUGUCUAUUAUCCGUUGAUGAGUGACCUCGGAGAAUGUAAGAAUAAUCGAAGGACACAGAAGAUGCACGAAGACUUCCUACCCAACACAUCCACGCUGUUGUGUAAAAAAUAAUAAGUAUUUUAACACUCCUCUCAGUCAGCUCCUCUUGUAACGCCACUUUUUAAUUGUACUUCUUCCUUCUCACCUACCUUAUUGGUUUCUUCUUAAUUAUGAUCUUCCUUCUUGUACUAUAUUUAUAACUCAGGGUUCUUUGAUUUUUGAAUAGGUGAGGUGGUUUGGUUCGGUAGAGCUAGAUCCUCUUUCUCAGAGUCUUAACGGGUCACACUCAAAGAAGCAGAAAAUAAGCACAGACAACCAAAGCACAAUCACAUUCAGAGGUAUUAUUAUUCUCAUUACUAAACACUUCUAGCGACACUUUUAUUUCUUGUUGUAGAUUAAAGCAGAUACUCGUAUUAGGUUUAAAUGCUGUUAUUAUUAUCAUUUAAGAGACACUUGUUUUAUGCUACUUAUUUAACUAAACCACUUUCAGGGUUUUAACUGAUUACUAUCAGACUUGAUUCGGUCAACUCCUUAACACCGUCUAAUUGAAUAACACCAGUAUAACUUUUCUUCUGGCUUAUUCAAGAAUUACACCGCUUUGAACUGAAAUCCGGCGAGUAACUUAUAAAUCUGAUUUACUCAAGGCGGAAUAUGAGACUUUACUUCUUUCUUAUUAAUGCCGGUGUUAGCCUUUUUCGUGUCUGAUUGCUUCGGAACCCGGUGUGUGACUUUUCACGUCUGGUCUCUACUGAGUCUGGUGUUGGACCUUUCUGCGUCUAGUUUCUACGGAGCCCGGUGUGCGACUGACUUCGACAACUGAUUUCUACUCGGACCUUCAAGUCCUUGUUUCCUCAUUGUCUCUGCUCUGUCACACCCUUAAAUUUUGGUGAUUGGUUAUAUUUGAAAAAUACGAGUAUCUUAGUUAGAUAUUCCUCAACUCCGUUUAACGCUUACAAGGGUUUAAGGUUUUCUAACUCCAAAGUAUUUCUGUCAGAAUUUGACAAAUGCUUAAGCGUCGCUUGGGUCCUAAAAACUUCACUCUUUUAAAUCAUGACCUGUAGAAAAUGUCAAGUAAAGAAUUCACAAAAGAGUUCUUUAGCUAUUCUUUACGUAACUUUCCGCUAAUAAAUCCUCAACGGUUAUCUCCCUGUUUCUGCUGUAAGCGUGGGAAGACGCUAACUCUAAAGUACAAGAAUGGACUCGUAAAUACAAGAAUGGACCUGUGUCUCACUAUCUUGUUCCUGUCCUUACAUUCGAACAAUUAAAUUUCAAAUUAAUAGCAUUAAUCAUCUUUACAUAGGCAGCACUUCAGUGGAACGGUUACAGUAUGUUAGGGAUUAAUAUUUUACUUGGGAUGAUGGGCAUGGGAGUACAGCUGGAAGGCUGACAGACGAAACGUUGGUUCAUAAGUAGGCCUACCAGAAGCAAUGACAGUGAAAACAGAAAUAAGCAUUGACAAUUAGGAAAACGGAUAGUCGAGAGUGUACCAUGAUAUAGGCAUACCUCUUUCUAUUGCGCUUCGUUUUAUUGCACUUCGCAGUUUUUUUUAUACAAAUUGAAUAUCUGUGGCAUCCCUGCGUCGAGCAAAUCUAUCGGGCCAUUUUUGCAACAGCUUGUGCUCACUUCCUGUCUUUGAAUCACACUUUGGUAAUUCUCGAAAUAUUUCAAACUUUUAUCCGUUAUAGUGAUCUACGAUCAGUGAUCUUUGAUGAAAUAAUCUUUGUUGAAAUGACAACAAAUGAUUUAGAACAUUACAUAAACUUAAUUGAUAAAGCAGCGGCAGGGUUUGAGAGGACUGCCUCCAGUUUUGAUAGAAGUUCUACUGUGGGUGAAUUGCUAUAAAACAGCAUCGCACGCUACAGAGAAAUCUUUCGUGAAAAGAAGAGUAACAAUCAUUGUUGUCUUAUUUUAAGAAAUUGCCACAGCCACCCCAGCGUACAGCAACCACCACCCUGAUCAGUCAGCAGCCAUCAACAUCGAAACAAGACUUUCCAUCAGAAAAUGAUUAAGACUCGCUGAAAGCUCAGAUGAUAGUUAGAAUUUUUCAGCAACAAUGUAUUUUAAUUAAGGUACGUACAUUGCUUCUAGACAUAAUGCUAUUACACACUUAAUAGACCACGGUAUAAUGUAAACAUAACUUUUAUAUGCCCUGGGAAACCAAACAUUUCGUGUGACUCGCAUUUUUGCUGUGAUCCGGAACCAAGCCUGCAAUAUUGCCAAGGUAUGCCUGUAUUAAGCUUUGGACGUACAGAGAUGUUUUGUGGGGGACUGUACCGUUCUAAACGUAAGGCAUAUAUGUAAAGAGCGUGUGUGUGAUGUGCAUGUAACGUGAGAUGAGGUGAAACGGACACGUUGUGUACUCUUUCAUGUGAAGCGAGGCAGCUAUACUUCUUGUGUGUGCCAUGAUCGUGACAGUCAUGUACGUAGUAUAGGAGCAUUUCGGUUGCAGAAUUCUUCUCAAUAAUAAUAACAUUUCGAAUCUGGAGUAGGACACGUUUGCCGGACCUUCGAGAACAUAGUGAACAGCACCAUUUCUGGGGAACGAACUGAAAUUCUAGGUUCGUCGCCGUCGAUACUAAAGCCGUCACUAGCCACGGUUGAGGGUCAUUUCAAUCCCAUUUAUAUUCUCACAUAUACUUCUCUAUUGUCCCUUUUAAUAUUGUCACGUGUAAGAGAGUUUGUGCGUGACUUAUAAGACGGGUUUUGGAUUGGAUGAUUAUAUUUAGUGACACCUUAUACACACAACUUGGGACUACAGGCAGUUACAUGGCUAUCGCUCAUCUACACACUUUACAAUUCACCGUUACACACGCAUAAAGUUUCUCAGUCUUCAGUAGUCGAAUCCU